CCAGAAUCUAUCAAACCAGUGAAUUUUUUCUCUUCAGGUAAUUACAGAAGUAGUGGAAUCCAGCUGAAUAGGGAAUUAGUGUUACUAUUUUGCAGGUUUGAACAAUGGCUGCAGCAAAUCGUGUGCUUGGAAAAGGUUGUGCGCUCUUGGAGAAGGUCGCACGCCUAUAUGUUACUAGAUUUCUGAGACAGUAUAUCUCUACAGGAUGUUUAGUCUUAUUAGAAGAAAGAAUGGUGCAAACCUUUGAGGGAAGCAACAAAGGCUGUUCUUUGAAAUCUGUUAUUAAAGUUCAUAACCCCGUUCAAUUUUACUGGAAGGUAAUGACACGGGGAGAUUUAGGCCUUGCAGAUGCAUAUAUCAAUGGCGAUUUUUCUUUUGAUGAUAAAGACAAAGGUCUUGAGAAUCUCUUAAUGAUUCUCAUUGCCAACAGAGAUUCAAAUUGUUCCCUCUCAAAAAUGAAUAAGAAAAGAGGAAGGUGGAUGCCUUUGUUAAAGGAAGCUUGUUUAGCCCCAGCAAGAUAUCUCUUUCAUCACGUUUCAAGGCAAAACUCUCUUACAGAGGCUCGAAGGAACAUCUCUCACCAUUAUGAUCUGAGUAAUGAGUUUUUUUCGCUGUUCAUGGACGAAACAAUGAUGUAUUCCGCUGCUGUAUUUAAGAAAGAAGAUGAAGAGUUGAAGACUGCACAGCUAAGGAAAAUCAGUAUUCUCAUUGAAAAGGCUAGAAUUACUAAGAACCAUGAAGUCCUAGAGUUGGGCUGUGGUUGGGGAGGCUUCGCCAUUGAAGUCGUCAAGCAAACCGGUUGUAGAUACACUGGCAUAACUUUGUCGAAGGAACAAGUGCAAUUUUCUGAAAAGAAAGUGAAAGAUGCUGGCCUUCAGUUCACAUUCUUUCCGGAUGAGCGUUACGAUGAGUAUAGGCGAAGUUCAGACUUCAUAAAGGAGUAUAUUUUUCCGGGUGGAUUGUUACCUUCAUUAAGUAGGGUAACAUCAGCUAUGGUUGCUUCUUCCAGGUUCAGUGUGCAGCACUUGGAAAACAUUGGAAUUCAUUAUUACCAAACACUAAGAUAUUGGAGAAAAACAUUCUCGGAGAAACAUAGUGAAAUACUAGCUCUUGGAUUCGAUGAAAAAUUCAUUCGGACAUGGGAGUAUUAUUUUGAUUAUUGUGCGGCAGGAUUCAACUCUUGUACUCUUGGAAAUUACCAGAUUGUGUUUUCACGUCCCGGUAAUGUUCUUGAAUUCAGCGAUCUAUGCAAAGGUUUCCCUUCAGCAUAUUGAUUGUUCUGAGAGUCUAUGUUGAGAACAAACUGUUGCUGAACAAAAAUGCAUGGUGUCUAGAUGGCUUAUCUCUUGUGUUGGAUUUGUAUGAAAAACUACUGUCUUUCUAUAUAUUUUCUAUUAUUUGCUUUAUCAAACUGUGGUCUUCUUGUAUCAUAAUUCCAUUGCUUGAAAUUCAAGUUAUCCGAUCCAUUAAA